AUGGAACCCUACGCAUCGAGGAUCGAGGCUGUCCUUGCCAGGCGUGCCGAAGCCGGCCGGUAUGCACCCGGCUUAGCUGCGUACUCGGACAGCGACAUGUUUAAGAAACCGCCUCGAAGAGUCCCGGGCCCGACGCCCAUGUGUCCUCAAGCAGGCAGCCAAGUACCUCAAGACCCCCGGGCUCAUCUCCCUCGGCGGCGGCCUCCCUCCGCGAGCUACUUCCCCUUCGAUUCGCUCUCCGUCUCCGUCCCGCCCCGCCCCGACUUCAACCUUCCGCACACCUCUCCGCCCGACAAACCGGCCCCGCCGAACACGCUCUCGAUCGGCAAAUACGACAUGGCCGAGGGCGCCGACUACGACCUCUCCGUCGCCCUCAACUACAGCCAGGUCACGGGCGCGGGCCAAAUGCUCCGCUUCACCACGGGAUCCACGGGCGCCCUGGAGACGGUGGCCCGCAUAUUUUGCGACAAGGCCCGUGGCGACAGCAUCCUCAUGGAAGAGUACACCUUCUCCACGGCCCAAGAGACCAUAGGGGCCCUCGGCAUCCGCAUUGUCGGCGUCAAGAUGGACGGCGAGGGCAUCGUCCCCGCCGAGCUGAAAAGGAUUCUAGACGAGUGGGACGAGGCCGCCCGGGGCAGGAAGCCCCACGUUUUAUAUACCGUGCCCACGGGCCAGAACCCGACAGGCGCGUCGCUGAGCGAGGGGAGGCGGCGGGAGAUUUACGCCAUCUGCGAGGAGCACGACAUCUUCAUCGUCGAGGAUGACCCAUACUACCUGCUGCAGAUGCCCGCGUACCCCCGGUCCGGAGGCGACCCUUCCGCCGCCUCCAGUGCCGACGCCGACGCUCGACUCAGCUCCUACAUGGCGUCCCUGCCCGGCACUUUUCUCAGCAUUGAUACCUCGGGCCGCGUCCUCCGCCUCGACUCCUUCUCCAAGAUCCUCUCCCCGGCUCGCGCCUGGGCUGGGCUACCGGCUCCGCCCAAGUCAUUGAGCGUUUUCUUCGCCAGUGCGAGUCCUCCCAGGGCCCCAGCGGCUUUUCCCAGGCUGCCCUCCACACCCUCCUCGAGCGCGCUUGGGGCGGCCACCGGGGUUCCUCGAGUGGGUUGCCGCGCUCGGCGUCGAGUACGAGGCCCGCAGAAACGUCUUGCUCCGCGCGUGCGACGACUUUUGCCCGAGGUGGCGCGGUGGGACGUCCCCAGGGCGGGCAUGUUUCUCUGGAUCAAACUCGACCACACAAAACACCCCCGUUAUUCCUCGGGCGUGCCAGCGCUCGAAGAGGAAAUCUUCCAGUCCUGCAUCUCCAAGGGCGUCCUUGUCGCCCGCGGGUCCUGGUUCCGCGCCGCCGCUUCCGACCCCCACCAUCAUACCGUAAAUGGCACCAACGGGUGCGAUCCUGAUGCGGCGGCGGUGGUGAACGGGUAUCAUCACGGAGAGGAGGACGGGCCGUCAGAGCUCUUCUUCCGGACCACGUUUGCGGCGGCUACUGUGGAAGGGAUGAGGGAAGCGAUGAGGAGGUUUGGCGAGGCCAUUAGGGAGAGCUUUGAGAUUGAUGCUCCAGCAGCGGCGGGAGUGGGAGCGAACGAGGAAGGGGGAAAUGAAAUUCAAUUGCUGUAA